AUGGCAGCAACGUUCACGUUCAUCAACAAAUGCCGGGAGCCGAUCUACCCGGGCGUGCAGACGAACCCAGGCAAGCCGGGCUUCCCGACCACCGGCUUCCAGCUGAAGCCCGGCGGCAGAGCCCAGUACAAGGGCGUCCCGGGCACCUGGGCCGGCCGCAUCUGGCCCCGCCACCGCUGCUCCGCGGGGGCCUCGGGCGCCCUGUCGUGCGCGUCCGGCGACUGCGGGGGGAGGCUCGAGUGCAACGGCGCCGGCGGCCAGGUGCCCAGCACGCUGGCCGAAUUCACGCUCGGCGGCGCCGGCGGCAAGGAUUUCUUCGACAUCAGCAACGUCGACGGCUUCAACGUGCCUCUCCAGAUCGCGCCGCACGGCGCUGCUGGUUGCCGGGCGGUGACCUGCGCCGCCGACAUCAACGCUGCGUGCCCGCGGGAGCUGGCGGUGAAGGCGGCGAGCGGGGGCGGCACGGUGGGGUGCAAGAGCGCGUGCGUGGCGUUCAACACCGACGAGUACUGCUGCAGAGGGCGGUAUGGGAGCCCCGGCACGUGCAAGCCCAGCCGCUACUCGCAGUACUUCAAGCGCAAGUGCCCGCAGGCCUACAGCUACGCGUUCGACGACGGGAGCAGCACCUUCACCUGCGCCACCGGCGCCAACUACGACAUCGUCUUCUGCCCUUAA